UUGUCCCUCCCAAGGCUGGCUUUGGGCUGCGAUUGCACUUUCUAUCUUUGAUUCGUUCUUCACCUUGGCUGUGAUUCGGGCAAUCCAUCCCUAUUUCUUCCUUCAUCCCCUGUUCACCUAGAGAACAAUCGGUUGUCACUUCGCUAUCUGAAUGCCGUUCUUCUCCAAAUUGCUGCUCCUGGCGAGCAUCUUCCCUUUCUAUGCAUUCUGCACAGAAGCCCACCCCGGAAAACCAAUGCGCAACAGGAUGAUCCAUUUGCCUCUUGCUCCAGCUCACAAUAUGGCACGCACCGAUGUUCACCCGCUAGAGCUGUAUAGCCACCACUGGAACCGCGCACAACGUCGCCACGCACGCAUGACCGGUGGGGAUGGAAUGGCCUUGGAAGAAAAACGGCUGUAUAUCCCACCCCGCCCUUCCAAGAUCAGUGUGAACACGCGUAGCUUACGAGUGCAUCGUGGAGGCAAUUUGCCUAAGUUUGCAAAAAAGACCAACCAGAUCUUGAAAUCCCCCUGGUGGUGGCCCAUGCAAAGAACAAAACUGAUGAUGAUGAUAUCGGGCGCGCUCGAAAGGGCAAAAAAGGUGCACACAGACAUGGCGGCGCAUGCCCUGGAGGCAAGGCUGUUGCAAAUAGCACUCACAUUAAACACAAAAUGAAAUUUGCAAAUUGCACGGGCACUACCAUAGGGAAAAACGAAGGCAAUGCCACUGGUUUUCCACAAGGCAACUUGGCCGCUGCGCAAGAUGGUGG